AUGAAGGAAAAAGUCAAGGGGAUCAGGAGAGUCAACGUUUUGAAGAAAAAAAGAAAUAUUAAGAGGGGGGAUGAUACGGUGGGAUUAGACUGGUCGUCGGGGUGCGACUAUACGACGGAUCAGACUGAUCGUCGGGGGACUACGUUAGAUGGUGUCAUAGAAGAAUUAAAAUUUAAAGAUUUCAGAAUGUUUUGUCAGGUUAUGUUAAAUGAAUUGUUAAAUUUAAAAGUAAAAGGAAUUUAUUGA